AUGUCUUCGUUUUUGAAAUUUUAUACGCAAUCUUUGAAGAAAUACCCCAAGACAACAAAUGCGGUCAUGACGGGGUCGCUCUUUGGGAUUGGUGAUGCGGUUGCACAAAUCUGGUUCCCAAACAGCAAGAAGGAUACGAAGUACGAUGUAGCACGCACAGUCAGAGCUGUGACUUACGGGUCUUUGAUCUUUUCGUUCAUCGGCGAUAAGUGGUUUAAGACUUUGAAUGGGAAAGUUAAGUUCAAGGGCAGGCCAAACAAUCACUGGAGUAACUUGAUAUUGAGAGUUGGUACAGAUCAGCUAUUUUUUGCACCAUCAGUGAUUCCUUUUUACUUUGGUACCAUUACAUUGAUGGAGGGAAAGUCGCUGGAGGAUGCAAAGGUCAAAAUUCAGCAAAACUGGUGGAAUAUUUUGCUCACCAACUGGGCCGUGUGGCCAUUGUUUCAAGUCUUUAACUUUUCUAUAGUACCAGUGCAGCACAGAUUGUUGGCUGUGAACUUCGUGGCGAUCUUCUGGAAUACCUUUUUAUCCAGUAGAAAUGCGAAAACCAUUGAAACGGACGAAAAGUACCCAGUGAGUUAUCCUCCGGUCCCUGAAUAG